GACCGUUGUUUUUAGCUUUUCGACAGUCCUACAUUCUGGCAGUCGGCUGAACAGAAGCAUCCUGCUGUUGACCGCUGGCUGCUUCCUCCCCUCAUGGUCAAGCUCGCAUGGGAAUCUGGCCAACUACCUAAUAGUAUCUAUGCGACACUGGACUUUGUAGAACCAGACCAUAUUGCAGCUGGUGGCUUCGGUGAAGUCUUUAUUGGAAUGCUCCAAGGACGGCGGGUGGCAGUCAAACGUCUCUGAAUAUAUCAGACAACGUCAGAAGAAGAACGAGGUCGACUUACAUGGGACCUCUCGAGGGAAGCCCUUGUGCUUCGCAAUCUACAUCACUCUAGUGUUUUGGAAUUUCUUGGAAUUGAUCUCAGCUUUCCUGUACGACCUGGCCUGGUUACACCUUGGAUGAAGCAUGGGUCCAUUAUGGGCUACAUGGGAAUAUUAGAUCUGCCAAUUCACCAGAAGAACAAAUGGCUGUAUGAAAUUUCACAGGGAAUGCAAUACCUUCAUGAGUCAAGUAUUGUUCAUGGAGAUCUCAAGGCUACCAAUAUUCUUGUAGCAGACAAUGGCCAGCUCAAGAUAUCAGAUUUUGGUUUGGCUGUCUUUGAAGGCAACUGGAGCAGAAAUUUUGGUUCUCAGUGUGGUGAAAAUGUGCGCUGGAUGGCACCAGAAAUUUUGUCAUUUCAUGCAGGACAACAUCAGUGGCCUACCUAUGCAAGUGAUGUUUAUUCAUUUGCAAUGGUAUGCAUAGAGAUUUAUACAAGAAAGAUUCCAUUUCAAGAUAUCAAAUGGAAUCAGGGUGAAACUCUUGAAAUGUUGAUCAUUGGUGGCAAAAGACCCAGCAUACCUGCAUCUAUGUCAGAAGAACUUUCCUCUCAUUUGGUCACUUGGUGGCAUGGGUCACCAGAAUAAAGACCAUCAAUGCAAUAUGUUAUGGA